UUAGCAAAUAUCACACACAAAAUCUACUCCAAAAAACCACUAUACCAAUGGAAACAUUACACCUCACCCUUCUAUUCCUUUGUUCCUUGACCUUGGUUCACUCUUUUAACCAAAUAUGUGACUUAACUAGCCAAGGGUCAACCCUUAAGGUUUUCCAUGUGUCUAGCCCAUGUUCACCAUUUAGGCCAAAGACCUCCCUCUCAUGGGAAGAAAGCAUACUCCAAAUGCAGGACGAUGACAAGACCAGGCUUAUGUAUCUCACGAGCCUGGUAGCAGGUCGGUCUUUUGUGCCCAUUGGGUCGGGCAGACAAAUUAUACAGAGCCCGACCUACAUUGUAAAAGCCAACAUUGGGACACCGGCUCAAAGCUUGCUUAUGGCUUUGGAUACUAGCACCGACAUGGCUUUGGUUCCUUGUACCGGUUGUGUUGGUUGCUCGUCUUCCACCUUUGAUUCGGCUAAGUCGCUUAGCUACUUGUCACUUACUUGUGGUGCUGACCAAUGCAAACAAGUACAAAGUUCAAGUUGUCUAGGGACAACAUGCUCCUUGAACAUAACCUACGGAGGCUCCACCAUCGCGGCUAACUUGGCGCGAGACAACCUAACUCUAGCAAAAGACUCUGUCUUUGGAUACCCCUUUAGUUGCAUACAGAAAGUCGCGGGAGGUUCAUUCCCACCGCAAGGUGUUUUAGGUCUUGGUCGUGGUCCAUUGUCAUUUGUAUCCCAAUCUAAGACCCUCUACGAGUCCACAUUCUCAUAUUGUCUGCCUAGUUUCAAAUCUUCCAACUUUUCCGGAACACUUAGAUUAGGUAAAAAUGGGCAACCCAUCAACAUCAAGUAUACACCGCUACUUGUAAACCCUAGAAGAACUUCAUUGUACUAUGUGAACUUGAUCGGUAUCAAAGUUGGCUCCAAGGUUGUCGACAUUCCCCCAAGUGCAAUUGCUUUCAACCCAAACACCGGUGGUGGCACCAUCAUUGAUUCAGGCACCGUGUUCACCAGACUGGUGGACGGAGCCUACACGGCAGUUAGAGACGAGUUUCGGAGACGAAUGGGAAAGGCGGUCGUCUCCUCACUAGGGGGAUUCGACACUUGCUAUACCGUCCCGAUCGGAAAGCAAGUCCCGACAAUGACCUUUAUGUUCCCGGGACUUAACAUGUCAUUACCACAAGACAACUUCCUAAUCCACAGCUCGUCGGGGUCCACCACAUGUCUUGCCAUGUCAUCAUCACCGGCCCUGAAUGUCAUUGCAAAUAUGCAGCAACAAAACCAUCGUGUCUUAUUCGAUAUACCAAAUUCCAGGCUGGGGAUAUCACGUGAGAUCUGUUCAUGAGUCAUGUGACACAUGGCUCCUAGUCUUUUGUCUUCUAUAUUUAUGCUUAAAAAUCGUACGUGUACUAUUAUUAUAUAUUGUAAGACACUUCUUUGUAAAAAAGAAGAUUUGGCCUGAAUCAUAAUCACGGGUUAUUUUUGUGA